CUCAGUUUUUGACUGCCUCAUCGCGAUGUACUGUCAGUGAUAAUGGGAGCGCUAAGGAACCUAUCCCGGCUGUGGAUUAUCGCCGUCUGUCUGUCUGUUUGUCUGAAGAACUCCGUCUACUCCGACGACGAAGAGCAGGUGAUGGUUUUUGCCAACAGGACCAACAUUCACUGGGUGAACCAGAACACUCGCGAGCACCACGUGAUGCCGCUAGAGGGCAUCACUGAGGCCAAAUACGUGGACUACGACCCGGUAGAAAACAUGGUCUAUUGGUCAGAUGUCCACCACGGUGGCUCCAUCUCCCGGGCCACGCUCUGUGCCGAGGAACGGAAGACCAUUGUGUCCGACAUCUUUAUCCAGCACGUGAAGGCCGCCUUCGUCAGCAUCGCUGUGGACGCGCGGCGACGGGCCAUCUAUUGGACAAACUCCGCCAGUGACCUCAUAGAAAGGGUCAACCUGGACGGGUCCAACAGGACGGUGAUAGCGGAGCACGACAUGGGAUCGCCCAUAGACGUGGAGGUGGACUCCCACGCAGGCUUUCUGUACUGGUUGGACGCCGGCAUCAAGCCGCGGAUCGAGAGCUGCUCACUGAGCGGUAAGGGCCGGCGUGUGUUGCUGGACCUCAAGGACCAGUACCCCUCUAUCCUGGAGCUGGACGUACAGACCCAGGCCCUCUACUGGAACGACAAAAACACCAAACAGCUGUUCACCGCCCGGAUGGACGGGUCCUCCAUGAAAGUUCUCAAGUCCAGUAUCCCACACAUCACGGGGAUCUUCAUUGAAGGUAACUACAUCUACUGGAUUGACUGGUGGAACAAGGACAUAGAGAAGAUCCCUAUUUCCGGUCAGGAGGAAGCGUCCGUCAUUUUGAGCCCGAUCAAGGACAUGGAGGAUUUGAUCAGUGUCAAGGUCGUCUCUGGUGUUGUUCAAUGUCCUCCACGCCCUGCCUAUAAAUUCAAGGCCUUCACCUACAUGGUCAACGGUACCGUGAGGGCAAAGUUCACCUGGGAAGCAGGCUACGGCUGGAAAAUACCUCAAUACUUCGAACUCGACCGGAGAGAUGUUGACUCCCAAAUCUGGGUAGAGGUGCAUAAAAUAGAAGCUGACAGUAACAGGAGCGUCAUCAUAGCGCUGGAACACAGCCAGGAGUACCAGUUUAGACUGCGCGCCUGUAAUACGUAUGGCUGUAGUCGUAGCAACACACCGGAAGUUAAAUUCACCACAGACAGUGCGUCAGUGUUUUCCUCCUCAGAAGAGCAUUAUAACGCAAUUCCGACUUUAUUGAAGACGGGAAUUAUUUUAGGAGGGGUCAUCGUUUCCAUUGGAAUUCUGCUCGGUAUCUGGGGUUACUGGAGAGCGAGGAAAAGGAAGACAAACAGACGAUACAGAGCUGUCCGAUACUCAACGGCAUCAUACAUCACGUGAUCAUUGAAUGCCAUUGACUCUGUGUUGCUCGUUAAAGUCCGUGCGUCAUCGGAAACCUUCGGACAUUUACUUAAACGUACACGAUUGAUCUUGGGUUUCCGGUGAUGUGUUUCGUGCAAUUUUUUUGCUUUUAUAUAUAAAAGGUGCAUUGUGGAUUUUGAUGAAAAAAAUUGUGAAUGUGAGAAUACAAUGUAGAUGUUUAUGGUUCGAACAUAAUAUUAUGUUCUUGUAUGAAUGAUUAUAAAAGUUUGAGACUGUGUAUGAUAUUGCAUGAUUGAAAACAAAAAUAUUCUCCGAGGCCAAGACAAAAUACGUGUUUCCGGUCGCCUGACCGAUCCUUAAUUUAUUUUUUUUCUUGAUGAAUAUGCAUGAUGGUCAGCGUCUGUUUACCUGAAUAACUUGCUUUUAAUUUAGUAAAGUUGUUAGGCUAAGCGAUGUUUUAAGUAUAUUACGUCUGGGAUCCAAAAUCUUCAUUAACAUGUACUUUCAAUUUAGGUUGUUAAUUGAAAAAAGCACAUUCUACCUACCGAGUCCUUUAAAAACUCCCGGGCGACUUGAAACAGUCGUAUACAUAUCUUUUGGUCUAACUGAGACUAUUUGUAAACGUGUUUUAUAAAGAUGGAGAAUUUGAAUAAACGAAUGCUUUUGUAUAAACCAUGUAAAUUUAUUAACUUAAAAAUAAAAUCAUCCAAUUUGA